GCCUGCAGGCAGAAGGGGCAAUGUUUUGGGGGCUCCCUCAUCUCAUCUUAGCUUGUUCCACUUGCUGUGAAGAUAGCCCAUUGCCCAUAUACAAAAAUAUAAAGACUGCCAACAUGUGGGCAUUCUAGAGAGAGAGAGAGAGAGAGAGAGAGAGAGAGAAAGAGAGAGAGAGGGAGAGAGAAGGGGAGCGCAUGGCUGCUAUGAUUUCUUUGCACAGGCUUUUGUUGAAAGCCUUGGGAUUGAAGGCAGGGAUAUUAAUCAUGGCAUAAAGGAAAAACCAACACUGUAUUUAUUAAUUAUUGUUAUUGUUAUGGUUUUUGUCAUUCAUCUUCGAUCACUCAUGUGUUUGCAGCAGUAGUACUUUGGAACGAAUUUGUUUAGUUUUCUUUUUCUGAGGUUUGAUGAUCAGAUGAGAUCUAGAGAGGGUCUGAUCUGCUAUUCAUUCAUUUUAAUUUUCUUUGCAUUCAUGGCUGUCUAGCUAGCUAGCUACCUUUCUUUUCAAGGCUGCUUUAUGAUGACACAUUGAAAGAGUUGUUGUGUGUAAUAUUAAAGCAGAGAUAGAGAGAGAGAGAGAGAGAGAAAGAAGACUAUAUGUAAAGUAGCUAAAAGCAAGCCAAGAGAGAGAGAGAGAGAGGUAAAUUGGCUGUCACCUGAGCAACUUCUAGAGAGAGAGAGAGAGAGAGAGAGAGAGAGAGAGAGAGAGGUUAAUUAGCUUUGCUAUGAAUCUUUAAAAAUUACUAUCAGUCUUGGGAUUUUCAAGGGCUUUUAAAACAUUAAUAGGCGACUUGAUGAUGGAGUCUGUAAACAGCCACCGCCAUCACCACCACCAUCAUCAGUUGCAGGAACAGCCUGUUGGUUCUUCUUCUUCAUCUUCUUCUUCCUCAUCUUCUUUAGAUACUGCUCCUUGCUAUGGCGUAGGAGCCACUGCACCCAAUGCUUGGAAUCCCAUAACCUUCUUGAACACAGCUGGAUUCAGCAAUCCAUACACCUGCAGCAGUGAUGGCAUAUUGAAUUCGAGGCAAGACAGCACAUCUCAGCUCUUAUCUAAUUCACAGUACAUGAUGACUCCCAUGGCGUCAGACUUGGGCUUCAACUGGGGGGCCAACAACACCCCCGCUGCAAACUUCAUCUUCCCCAACCCCAACCAGUCGGCACAAGAUCUACAGCUUUCGAGGAUUAAAGAAGAGUUCUCAGAUCACUAUCUCAGAAAAUACAGUGAGAUAUUGAGCAGCAGCAGCAGCUCAUCGUCCGGCACCGACGAAUCAGGCCUAAUCAUUAGAAGCUCUACUGAUGAACACCAGAGGAAUUUGCACAAGUCUUUCUCGUCUGGAAAUCUUAUGGACAAGAUUCAGCUUUCACCUGGAGAUCAAUUGUAUCCCAGCAAUGGCGGUGCUGCAAGGGUAGGGCUCAGCCAGAUUUUUCCUAGCAUCAAUAUUUCGAAUUUGAAUCAGACAGGAUUAGCCUGCAAUCCGGGCUCGUUGGAUAUGAACCUGGAGGCUCUCGAUCUUCUUGCUUCUUCAAGAUAUAAUGGCAACUUUGGACCUUCUCCACAGAAUCAUCAAAUUGGGAUGUUAAGGGAUGGAUUCCCUAAUUUUGGAUUUGAUCUUAUGCAGCAACAACAGCAACAUCAAAUCCCACUGUUUAGCCCCAAUAAGGUAUCAUCAGUCUCAAGUAAUGGUUCAGCAGCUGCAGACACAAAACGAAGCUGUAAAAUGGAGACGAAACCCCCACUUGAAAACGCACCAAAGAAAUCGCGAUUGGAAGCACGCGCUUCUUGCCCACCCUUCAAGGUUAGAAAAGAGAAAUUGGGAGAUAGAAUUGCAGCCCUUCAACAGCUCGUUGCUCCUUUUGGAAAGACAGACACAGCAUCCGUACUGAUGGAGGCCAUUGGAUAUAUCAAAUUCCUUCAGAACCAAGUUGAGACUCUAAGCGUUCCUUACAUGAAGGCAUCGCGCAACAAAUCCUCCCGACAAAUCAAAGGGGGAAGUGUUGGAGAAAUGGAAAACCACCAAGAAGAGUCGACAAAGCGCGACUUGAAAAGCCGGGGCCUGUGCUUGGUUCCAUUGUCGUGCUUGUCUUACAUCGCGGAUGGCGGCAGCGCGGUUGUGUGGCCGCCGUCGCACUUGGGCGGCGCCACCUAAUGACCGAUCGUGACUACGUAUGAAUUAAUCGAUGCAUGCAUGCACCAGCCAGUGUAUGAGUUUAUUACUAUAUAUAUAUAGGGAUGGCUGAUUGGGGAUUUAAUUACCUAUGCUUAAUGGAGCAACCUUGGUCAUAUUCCUACUAGCAAAAAAAAAAAAAAGGAAAAAAGUAAUUUAUUAAGGACCAAACUUAAUUUUUGUUUGGAAUGGACCAAGUUUGAUCCAUUGCUGACAUUUAAUUUCCCAAUACUGUUGCUACAUUGUUUGUGUAACCUAAUUUUACUCUUCCAUUUAUGUUCUUGUUAUGUUAUAUUACUAUUGUUGAGUAAUUUAA